GGAACAAGGAAUAAUACACCUUGCGUUAAUCCUUUUGACAGUUUGCCUACCGUAGCCUGUGGUUGCCUGUAAAUCUGUAGGAACUCUGUGAUUUGGACUUUGACAUUGAAUUUAAAAUUUAUCUUGACUCGACACCUGUUUUAAAAGUUUGUGGACGUACCUUUCACUUGGUUGUUAAUAUAAUAAUAAAAAUGUCCGAAAAGAGUAGCCCAAUUAAAUAUUUUAUUAGUGGCGGCUUCGGCGGAGUUUGUACUGUGCUGUCCGGCCAUCCUAUGGACACUAUUAAAGUGAGAUUACAAACUAUGCCUCUCCCUAAGGCAGGUGAAGUAGCUUUGUUUACUGGAACUUGGGACUGUUUUAAGAAAACCGUACAGAGGGAAGGCUUCCGCGGCCUUUACAAAGGCAUGUCAGCGCCACUGACUGGAGUUGCUCCUAUAUUCGCGAUAAGUUUCUUCGGUUUUGGUCUAGGUAAAAAGUUGAUAAAAUCCGAUGACGACCAGGUUUUAUCCAAACCGGAAUUGUUCGCUGCGGGCGCGUUCUCUGGUAUUUUCACCACGUCUAUAAUGGCGCCCGGUGAACGCAUCAAGUGUCUACUUCAGAUUCAGCAAGGUGGUAAUGUUCCUCAGAAGUAUAAUGGUAUGCUGGACUGUGCCAGGCAGCUAUAUGCGGAAGGUGGCAUGCGAAGUAUUUAUAAGGGCAGUGUUGCAACUAUUCUUAGAGAUGUGCCAGCUAGUGGCAUGUACUUCAUGACUUACGAGUGGGUAAAAGAAGUUUUAGUACCACAGGAUGCAAGUGCCAAAAUAAAAAUGGCUGCAACAAUAGUUGCUGGAGGCUGUGCCGGUAUAGCUAACUGGCUGGUAGGCAUGCCAGCUGAUGUCCUAAAGAGCAGGUUGCAAACUGCUCCAGAGGGGACAUAUCCUAAUGGGAUGAGGGAUGUAUUCAAACAACUUAUGGAGAGAGAAGGGCCAACAGCCUUGUACAAAGGUGUCACUCCAGUAAUGAUCAGAGCAUUCCCUGCUAAUGCUGCAUGUUUUGUUGGUUUUGAAUUAGCCAUCAAAUUCCUUGACUGGGUGGCACCUAACCUAUAAUAAACUAGUUUUAAAACUUGUAUAAAUUGUAAAAAUAAUAUCAAAUUGUAUUAAAGUAGGUAUAAGGAUCCUGUUAAGCAAAAGUCAUACUUGUUAUUUAUACCUGUAAAUUGCAGAUAAGUGUAAUUCAGAUUUUUAUAAAUAUAUUUUAAUUGUUAUGAUUUUUACUGCCUUGCCAGGUCAUGAUAAUACUUUCUGUUCCAGGGAUCUUGAGAUUUGUUGUGUAUUAUAUUUUUCAGUCCAUAACAUAAAUCUUCAAUGUUUUAUGACUUUAACAUUUGAAUAUGUAUAGGCUGUAUUAGUUCAGUUCACAAAGUAUAUCAGUAAAUUGUAUAUUUUUAUAUGAUUACCUCUAAGUAAAUACAUAAUAUACUGUGCCUAAUAGUAUUAAUCUGA